GCCAACUUGCCAACUUGCCAGGACGCUCUUGCUAAUUGACAAAUCAUUAACAUCGAAAUGAAGGUGAUCACCAUAACGGAGAUGGACGUGAGGGAUCUUCGAUUUCCAACGUCGCUACUGGCCGAUGGGAGCGACGCUAUGCACGCGGAUCCUGAUUACUCCUGUGCCUAUGUCACCAUAAAGACGGACAAUGGCGUCUCGGGGCAUGGCAUGACGUUCACCUUAGGCAGGGGCACUGAAAUUGUCGUAGAGGCUUGCAAGUCCAUGUCCAGGCUGGUCAAGGGCGAGAGGGCCGAUGAGAUAUUUGCCAAUUUUGGAUCGUUCUGGAGGAAACUGACGAGCGACUCGCAACUGAGAUGGAUCGGCCCGGAAAAAGGCGUAACCCAUCUAGCCACGGCGGCAAUCGUGAACGCACUUUGGGAUUUGUGGGCUCGUAUCGAGGGGAAGCCUGUGUGGAAACUACUAGCGGAUCUUUCGCCGGAGCAACUCGUCUCCACAGUUGACUUUCGAUACAUCACGGACGUUAUCACCAAGGAGGAAGUGAUAAAGAUGCUUCGGGAAAAAGAAUCCGGUAAAGCCGAGCGCGAGAAAUUCUUAAUGAUAAAUGGAUAUCCAGCUUAUACCACGCAAGUCGGCUGGCUCGGUUACAGCGAUCAGAAGGUUCGUCAGCUUUGCCACAAAUUUCUGAAGCUUGGCUUCACUUCCUUCAAAGCCAAAGUCGGCCAAAACGUGCAGGACGAUAUCAGAAGGUGCCAAUUAAUACGAGAAUCGAUUGGCUACAAAAACAACCUGAUGCUCGAUGCCAAUCAAACUUGGGACGUACCUGAGGCGAUCGAGUGGGUAAAGAAGCUUGCUCAAUUUAAACCAAUUUGGAUCGAAGAGCCAACUUCUCCGGACGACAUUUUGGGCCAUGCAGAAAUAGCGAGAAACCUGAAGCCUUACGGCAUCGGCGUGGCGACCGGAGAGAUGUGCGCAAAUCGCGUCAUUUUCAAGCAGUUGCUUCAGGCCAAAGCCAUUCAAUUCUGCCAGAUAGACUCAGCGAGGAUCGGGGGCAUCAAUGAAAUUCUUUCUGUUUACUUUAUGGCGGCGAAGUUCGGAGUGCGAGUUUGUCCUCACGCAGGCGGUGUGGGCCUUUGCGAAAUGGUUCAGCACCUUCAAAUGUGGGAUUUUAUCAGCUUGAGCGGCUCGAGCGAUGGUCGAGUCAUUGAAUAUGUAGAUCAGCAACAUGAACAUUUCGAAGACACUAUUAAUAUUGAGAACGCUCAUUAUAUGCCACCAAGUGCUCCUGGAUACUCUACCAAAUUCAAAAACAGCAGCCUCCUCGAUUACGAAUAUCCUCAUGGUAGAGAGUGGCAGCGUUUGUUUCAGAAUGGUACCUUUCAGAAGCCAAUUGACUAGAGAUUAUUUAUUUAUUUUAACAUCACUAUACAUUGUAAGUACGCAUUUGCAAGCAAUUGGCUCUUUAAAAAAUUUCAAAGCUGUACGGGAUGUUUAAAAUUACGUGCUUGUGCCUAUUUUUGUGCUUGUGUCUAUUUUUAAACAUAGUUCAAGAUAUUUCACAUUCACCAGACAGUUUAUCAUCAACAGACACGCUAACUUCACUCAAAUAUGUCAAUCAUAAUAUUAAGGAAGUUAGAGCGAUCCAGUUCAGUCAAUUGACAGGUUAAAAAUAUGGGUCAAAAAAUAAAAUUUUGUUUUCACGCAA